AUGCCCUACCCACACAAGAAUACCAAGCCCACGCCACAGCCGCGCACGACAAAGCCGCGCAUCGAGUACGUCGCUCAGGAGCUUGCCCUGCUCGCCGCUAACGCCAGCAUCGCGCCCACCCGUCCCCGGCCUGUUCCCAAGUUUUCCAAGAUGAGCUUCACAAAGGUCAUCUACUGUGGACAGUGCAACAUGUGCUGCUGCGAGCAUGCUAUUCAAGAGCGCCUCCAGCACUAG